GCACGGACCUAUACCCAUCUGAGGCUCCAAUAAUACUGGGGGGGAUACCCUGCUUGCCCCCCUCACCCUACCCAGCCCUGUGCUUAGCUUGGCUCUUUCCUCGCCUGCUCCGCUUUGCCCCAGCGUCCCCAGUCCAGCCUUUUCAAUGCUGCCGCAGUGGCAGCUCCAAAUUUCCAAGCCCCUGUGAGCCUGCAAUUUAUGUUUUAGUUUCCAUUUCUUCUUUUUUUCCUCCCGAUUGGAUGACAUGGGGAAGGAAACAAGACUCUGAUCUCCAAGUGGAAUCGGGAAAAAUGAUCAAGAGGGAAUGGAACAUUUUUGAUUGCUAGGUUUCUGCUGAUUGGACAUACUGCAGCUCCCACCAGCACCUGCAUGAGGAGGCUUUGGCCUCAGCGCAAAGCACCCUACCUGAGAUAGUCUUCACAUCACCAUGGCUGAAGGAGCCAAGGCCCCGGCUGUGGCUGAAGCCGGAGGGCCCGGUGGGCCCGGUGUGGCAGUAGCCGGAAGGCCCGGUGGGGCCGGUGGGGCAGCAGCCGGUGGGCCAGCAGCCGGUGGGCCCGGUGCUGCAGCAGCAGAACCACAGACCAGCUCUCUCAGGUCCAAAGGUCUGGAGUUCCUCAGGAAGGUGAAGAUGUCUGUGGAGCUGCUGAUCGCCCUGGCUGCUCUCCUGGCCUGGGUGGUCGUGGGCGUGGUGAUGUUUAACUUUGUCGAGUACAAAGCAGUACCUGAUGUUCAGCAAAUUAUAACGGACCCUGUCCAAGCUGUAAAUGAUGCUGUUGAUGAAGUGACCAGUCUACUAAAUAAAUUUCAAGAGUGUGCACCUGAUUUAAGUGACCCCGUGUCUGCUGCUAAUUAUGCAGCUGAAGAAAUUACAGCAGCAAAAGAUGGAUUUGUUCGCUAUUUUUCAGACGAAGAAGGAAACUUCUACCUCAGCUACGUUGACCCUGCGGUCAUCGGUAGACAAGCUUUCCAUUUAACUAAUGACUUUAUAAGUGGAGUGGUGGGCUCACUCCGGGACACAGUGUGUGCUGUCCUGGAUAUUAUACUGGAUACAAUUCAGGAUAUAAGUAAAGGAAAAGUUGAUCUUAGCCUCAUUGACCCUGUGAUUAUAGGCAGGAGUGUCUUCACUUUUACUAAUGAGCUCAUGUGUGGAGUGGCAGGCUACACCCAGAAUGUUCUCUGCUUAAUGCUGGACACUAUAAUGGAUGUAGUGAAAGGAACCAGUGACCUAAGCUUUAUUGACCCGGUGGUAAUCGGCAGAAAGGUCUUCAAUGUUACAAAUGACAGUGUUUGUGGAGUUGUGAGCUACAUCCAGGAUGGGCUCUGCACCAUAUUAGAUGCCAUAUUCGAUAUCGGCAAAGGAACAACUGACGUACAUUUUCUUGACCCCGUGGUCAUUGGCAGAAAUGUCUUCAGUGUUACUAAUGACUUUGUGAGUGGAGUAGCAGGAUACAUCCAGGGUGUGCUCUGUGCAAUCAUCGAUGUGACACUGGAUACAUUAAAAGGUAUCCAACAGGCUGUGGGAUUUAGUCCCAUGUCGGUUCUUAAGACGACUGUAGAAAUCACCAAAGAGCAGAUCGGCCUGCUCGUGAGCUACAUCUCCACGUUGAUUGGUGCACAAGGAAUUGUGCCUGAAGUGUCUGUAGAUCCAAUGAAAGUUGUAGAGGACGCAUUGUUGGAAUUCACUGACAAGAAGGACGUGUUCUUGGGCUUCAUGGCAGGCAUGCUUGGUGGAGGUGAACCUGUUGUCACUCCGGCUGGAAAUGUAGUUACAGAAAAAGAUGCUUCUCCAUCUGAUAUGACUUUGGUUAGAAGGAAAGGUGAAUUUCUUCCCUCGAUUGAGAAAGUUGCAGAGAUGAUGGCUGCAGCCAGAGAUGAAGCUCCAGAGAUAAGUCCAGACUCAAAAACAGAGGAGGCAGAGGCGGAUGAACCCACUGGAGCCGCCAGUGAAGCCAACGUGACCGAGGAAGAGGAGGAUGAGGUGAAACAUGCUGACAAAACACAGCCCGAGUCUUCACUGACGGAGGAGGAAAUCAUAGCUCAUGACUGCAAGGAGGAGGAGGAGGAAGAGGAAGAAGCAGCACAUCAGCGGGAAGAAAACAUUGAAAUAGGAGAAGAUGCAGAAAAACUGGAGCAAGAAAAGGGUGAACACGCAGAUGAUAAAUUCAAAAUAGGUCAAGAACAAAGAGGAGUCGUCCUAAAAGAUGAUGGUGAUGAGAGACAUGCAAGAAGAAGAGUGGUAGUAGAUAAAAAAGAGAAGAAGCAACGCAAAACUAAAACCAUUUUACCAGAACAUAAACUGGACAAGGAAGAGACUAAAAUCAGGAAGGCUGUAGAAAAUAAGAAGGCAAGGAAGGACAAAGAACCUGAAGAAGAUUUGGUGGAUGAGGAGGACGAAGAGCAGGAGGAGGAUAUAAAAACAGAAGUCAAGGAAACAGAAAAUCCUGGAUUUCAUGCUGAUGAAGACAGACAUGAACAAAGCCCUAAAAUAAGUGACAGUGAUGUCAAAGAUCAACUUGAAGAUAAAGAUCGAACCAGUGAUGCAGAAGAGAAAAAACGUGACCUUAAAAUAUUGUUAUCUGAAAUGGUUGAAAGCGAUGGUGCAGUACCCGACUCUGAGGAAGAAACAUCAUCAUCUAAUUACGACCAAGACAAAUUCACAGAUGUUGAUGAAAACAACAACAACAGUGAGAGCACUAGAGCUGAACCUGAAGAGGACGACGUUCAGACGUCUUUAGAGAGGCUUGGAAAAGUGUCACUCACAGAAGAAAACAUCAAUAAAUAUGAGAAAGAUCAUGGAGCUGAAAAGAAGGAGAAAAAAGAGAAGAAAGUCAAAGUUGAAGAAACUGUUGUUGUCAAAGUAACAAAAGUGAAGUCACAAAAACAAGGGAACAAAACAGAGGAAAGACUUGCCGAGAAGAAACGGAAAAGACCUAAAGAUGAGGAAGAGGUAAAGGAACCAUCUAAAGCUGAAAAAAGGGUUAAACAGUCCCUCAAAGAAAAGGAAACCAAAGCCAAACCACUUAAAGAAGACAAAGAGGUGAAGGAAAAACCUAAAGUGACCAAGAAAAAAGAAGAACUUCCGGGGAAAGAAAAAGAAGUACAAAUACAACCCAAAGAAGUAAAGAAAGCCCCAGAAAAAGAAAAGGAGAAAAAAGAAGAGAGAAAAACUCCCAACAAAGAGAAAGAAGAGAAACCCCAGGCAGAGGCAAUAAAAGAAAAGAGAGCAAGAGAGAGCAAAAGAGAGCAAGUCAAAGAAGAGAAAGAAGCAGAUAAACAUCGGAAAGAGAAGAAAGAAGAAAAAAAGUCUUCCAAAGAUAAAGAUGUUGAAACACUCAAAGAAGAGAAGGAACUUAAGAAGACUUCCAUUGCAGAGAAAUUAGUGAAAACUCCCAAAGAUGAGAAAGUGGACAAAGUUCCUAAAGAAAAGAAAGCAGAGAUUAAGCCUUCCAAAGAAGAAAAAGUAAAGAAACCAUUCAUAGAAGAAAAAGAAGUUAAGAAGAAUUUCACAGAUGAAAAAUUAAGAGAACUUCCUAAAAGAGAAAAAGUGGAGCAGGAAAAGAAAACAGAAAGGAAGCCCUCCAAAGAGAAGAAAGAGUUAGAAAAGCCUACAAAACAGGAGAUAGUAGAGAAGCCAUCCAAAGAAAAAGAAGAGGAGAAACCUCUGAAAGAACAAAAGGAAGUAAAGAAACCCCCCAAAGAACCUAAAGAAGAGGAACCUUCCACGGCAAAGAGAGCAGAAAAGAGGCAUUUUAAAGAAGAGAAAGAAGUAGAAAAACCUUCCAAGAAAGAGAAAGAAAUUGAGAAACCUCCCAAAGAAACCAAAGAUGUAAAGGAACCAACCAAAGAAGAAAGAAAAGUAAAAAUCCCCCCCAAAGAAGAAAAGGUCAUACAGGAACCUCCUAAAGAAGACGCAAAGAAACCUCCCAUAAAGGAAGAUAAACCCCCUAAAGAGUUAAGAGUUGAAAAGCAUCCUAAAGUAGAAAAAGAAGAAAAGAAACCUCCCAAAGAAGAAAAGGAAGCCAAGAAGUCUGCUAAAGAGGAAAAACUAGAGAAACCUGCCAAAGAAGAAAUAGUAGUGAAACUUCCUAAAGAAGAAAUCAAGAAAACUCCAGAAAAAGUAGAGAAACUUCCCAAAGAAAAGAAAGUUGAGAAACCAUCCAAAGAAAAGAAAGAUAUAGAGAAACAUCCCACAGAGAAGAAAAAAGUAGAGAAACAUCUCGAAGAAAAGAAAGAGACAAAAGAAUAUCCCAAAGUAGAGAAAGAAGAAAAGAAAUGCCCAAAAGAAGAUGCAGAAAAACAUCAGCAGAAGGAUAAACCGGUGGGAAAACCUCUGGUAGAGAAGAAGGAAGCAGAGAAACCUCUCAAAGAAAAGAGAGACGUUGAGAAACCUUCCAUAGAAAAGAAGGAUGUAGAAAAACAUCUCACAAGAAAGAAAGACGUAGAUAAACCCUCUAAAGAGGAGAAGAAAGAAGAAAGAGCCACCAAAGAAGAAAAGGAAGCAGAGAAACAUCUCAAAGAAAGGAUAGAACAAAAGAAACCUCACAAAAUAGAGAAAGAAUCAGAAAAAUAUCUGAAAAAGGAGAAAGAAGUAGAAUUAACCAAGGAAGAGAAAAGGGUAGAUAAAACUCCCAAGGAACAAGAAGAAGAAAAGAAAGCACCAACAGAAAAGAUGGGAGAAAGGAAACAUCUAAAAGAGGAGAAGAAACUGGACAAAUCCCCCAAAGAAGAGAAAGAAGAAAAGAAACCUCAUAAAAAGGAGGAAGUAACUGAGAAACAUCUCAAAGAAGAGAAAGAAGAAAAGAAACCUUCCAAAGAAGAAAUCAAAGCUGUUAAAACUGCCAUAAAUGAGAGGAUACAUGAGGAACAUCUCAAACAGGAGAAAGGAGAAAAGAAAUCCCCCAAAGAAAGAGAAUCAGAAAAACAUCCCAAAAAGGAGAAAAUAGUUGAAAAACCAUCUAAAGAUGAGAAAGAAGAAAGGAAACCUGCCAAAGAAAAAAGAGAUUCAGUUAAGCUUCCCAAAACAGAUAAAGUAGUUGUAAAACCUCUGAAAGAAAAGGAAACUCCCAAAGAGAAGAAAGUAGAGAAAUCUCCCAAAGAUGAGAUACAAAUUGAGAAAGCCCUUAAAGAAGAGAAAAAAGAUAAGAAACCCCACAAAGAAAAGAAAGAAGUUGGAAAAACUCCCACAAAGAAGGACGUUGAGAAAACCCCCAAAGAAGAAAAGAAAGCUCAAAAAGAAGGUAAGCCUCCUGAGAAGCAGAAAGUAGUAGAUAAACCAACCAUAGAAAAGAAGGAAGUAGAAAAACUUGCUAGGCAUGAGAAAGAAGAAAAGAAACCUCCCCAAAAGGGAGAGGAGGCAGCUAAACUUUCCAAAAAGGAAGAAAUAUUUGAAAAACCAACCAACGUCACAAACAAACAUCCCAAAGAGAAAGAAGUAGAAAAACCUCCCAAAGAGGGCAAUAAAAUUGAGAAACGCCCCAAGGAAAACAAGGAAGAAAAGACACCUCCCAAAGAACAAAAAGAAACUGCGAAACCUCAUAAAAAAGACAAAAUAGUUGAAAAAACUGUCAAAGAAGACUUAAUAGUUGAGGCGCCUUCCAAAGAGAAGAAAGUAGAGAAAACCUCCAAAGAAGAGAAAGAAGAAGAAAAGAAACAGCCAAAAGAAAAAAUAGAAGCACUUAAACCUCUCAUAAGAGAGAAAAUAGUAGAAAAACAUGCCAAAGAAAAGAAAGAAGUAGAGAAAACACCCAAAGAGGAUAAGAAAAUUGAGAAAACUCCUAAGGAAGAGAAAGCCGAAAAGAAACUCCCCAAAGAAGAAAAAGAAUCAGCAAAACUCCCCAAAGAGGAAAAGAAAGUUGGUGAACCUUUCAAAGAAGAAAAAGAAGCCGAUAAAGCUCCCAAAAUGGAUAAAGUAGCUGAGGAACCUCCCAAAAAGAAAAAAGUAGAGGAGACGAAAGUCAAAACAGCUCAUAAAGAGGAAAAAGAAGAAAAGAAACCCCCUAAAGAGGAAAAAGAAGCGGUGAAACCUCCCAAAAAGGGGAAAAUGACUGAAAAACAUACCAAAGACGAUAAAAAAGUAGAGGAACCUUCCAAAGAAAAAGUAGUAGCAGUUCAACCUCCCCAAAAGGAGAAGGUAGUAGAAAAACAUCCCAAUGGAAAGAAGGUAGUAGAGAAAACACCCAAAGAGAAGAAGGUUGAGAAACCUCUUAAGGAGGAGAAAGCAGAAAAGACACCACCAAAAGAAGAAAAAGAAGCAGCAAAAUCUAUAAAAGAGGAGAAAAUAACUGAAAAACCAACCAAAGAAGACAAAAAAGUAGGCACACCUCCCAAAGAAGAGAAGAAAGUUGAGAAGCCUCCCAAAGAAGAGAAUAAAGUUGAGAAGCCUCUGAAAGAAGAGAAAGAAGAAAAGAAGCAUCCCAAAGAAGAGAAGAAAGUUGAGAAGCCUCCCAAAGAAGAGAAAGAAGAAAAGAAGCAUCCCAAAGAAGAGAAAGAAGAAAAGAAGCAUCCCAAAGCAAAACUAGAAGCAGUUAAACCUCCCACAGAGAAAGUGGUAGAAAAAGCUUCCAAAGAAAAGGACGUAGAGGAAACACGUGAAAAGAAGAAAGUUGAGAAAGCUCCUGAAGUAGAGAAAGAAGAAAAGAAACCCCUCAAAGAUAAAAAGGAAUCAGAAAAAAACACCAAAAAGGAGAAAAUAGUUGAAAAACCAACCAAGGAAGAAAAAGAGGAAGAAAAAACUAACAAAAAGGACAAGAAAGAUGAGAAAUCUUCCAAAGAAGAGAAAAAAGAAGGGAAAUCUCCCAAGAUGGAGAAAGUGGGAGAAAAACAUUUCAAACAAAUAAAGGAGGUAGAGGAAUAUCCCAAAGAGAAGAAAGAUGAAAGAAAAGUAGAGGAAGAAGUUGUAGUUGCUCCCAGAGAAGAUGAAGAACCUGUUAAGAAGAGGGUCACCAAGACAGCGGCCAAACCUAAAAAGGAAAUCAAAGUAGCCAAGCAUAAGGUUUCAUCCAUCCUCAAGAAGGAACAUCUCAACGUCACUAAAGCAGCGGCCAAACCUAAAAAGGAAUUCAAAGUAGCCAAGCAUAAGGUUUCAUCCAUCCUCAAGAAGGAACAUCUUAACGUCACUAAAGCAGCUGCCAAACCUAAAAAGGAAAUCAAAGUAGCCAAGCAUAAGGUUUCAUCCAUCCUCAAGAAGGAACAUCUUAACGUCACUAAAGCAGUUCCCAAGGAGCCUGAGAAGGAACCAGGGAAAAAGAUCAGACCUAAACCUCUUAAACCAGCCGUAGCUGAAGUAAAGGGAAAAGAAAAACCAACCCCUGAGAAGAAAGCUGCCAAACCUAAAAAGGAAAUCAAAGUAGCCAAGCAUAAGGUUUCAUCCAUCCUCAAGAAGGAACAUCUUAACGUCACUAAAGCAGCUGCCAAACCUAAAAAGGAAAUCAAAGUAGCCAAGCAUAAGGUUUCAUCCAUCCUCAAGAAGGAACAUCUUAACGUCACUAAAGCAGUUCCCAAGGAGCCUGAAAAGGAACCAGGGAAAAAGAUCAGACCUAAACCUCUUAAACCAGUCGUGGCUGAAGUAAAGGGAAAAGAAAAACCAACCCCUGAGAAAAAAGUGGCCAAACCUAAAAAGGAAAUCAAAGUAGCCAAGCAUAAGGUUUCAUCCAUCCUCAAGAAGGAACAUCUUAACGUCACUAAAGCAGCGGCCAAACCUAAAAAGGAAAUAAAAGUAGCCAAGCAUAAGGUUUCAUCCAUCCUCAAGAAGGAACAUCUUAACGUCACUAAAGCAGUUCCCAAGGAGCCUGAGAAGGAACCAGGGAAAAAGAUCAGACCUAAACCUCUUAAACCAGCCGUAGCUGAAGUAAAGGGAAAAGAAAAACCGACCCCUGAGAAGAAAGCGGCAAAACCUAAAAAGGAAAUCAAAGUAGCCAAGCACAAGGUUUCAUCCAUCCUCAAGAAGGAACAUCUUAACGUCACUAAAGCAGCGGCCAAACCUAAAAAGGAAAUCAAAGUGGCCAAGCAUAAGGUUUCAUCCAUCCUCAAGAAGGAACAUCUUAACGUCACCAAAGCAGUUCCCAAGGAGCCUGAAAAGGAACCAGGGAAAAAGAUCAGACCUAAACCUCUUAAACCAGCCGUAGCUGAAGUAAAGGGAAAAGAAAAACAAAUCUCUGAGAAGAAAGAUAAACUGGGUUAUCUUUUGGAAGAAGUACAGAAGGAAAAGGCCAAAGCAGCUCCUGCCAAGAAAGAAGCUGCUCCUAAACAAAAGGCCAAACCUGUCAUCUUGGCAAAAGUACAAGAAGGCACGCCUAAAAAUGCCUCUCUGGCAAAAGAGAGGGUCAAAAUAAUGCCUCUCAAGAAAGCCGCACCAGUUAAGACAAAACCCGCACCAUCCGUUAAAGUACAUCAAGUGCCAGGCAAAAAUGUCUCUUCAACAAAGGAGCGAGUGAAGGCUGCACCGCUGACAAAGGUCGUCAAGGAGAGGAAAGUUGAGCCAGCGACUCUCAAAAAAGUGAGUCCUGCCAAGCCAAAGUCAAAACCUGUUGAAAAGAAGAAAGAAGAGAGAAGAGUUCUCAAAGAGAUACAGGAGCCUCCAAAGAAAGAAACUGUGCUCAAGCCAGUCCAUGCCAGAAAAGACAAAACUGUUGUGAAGAAGGCAGCUAAAGUGGAGACCAGAGAAGACAGAAGAGUUCUCAAAGAGAUACAGGAGCCUCCAAAGAAAGAAAAACAAGCUGAGAAGAAAGCUGACAAGGAGAAGAAGGUUAAAGAAGAGCAUGCUGACAACUUGUUUUUGGAUGACGAGCCCUUCUUCCAGUGUUUCUUUGUGGAAGAGGAGGAGAUCCAGUUCCCGUUUUAUUCUUUCUCACCUCUGAAGAUUUGACACAUCCAUCUGAAUCAAGUCUGAGGUUCACUGUUUUGUCAAUUUAAUGAUAAUGACAAGGUCCCGUUGCACCCUGUGCUGCAGAAACACCGCUGCAGCACUUCACCGCUCUCCUCCAGCAGGAUGUGCUGGACAGCAGGGCAUGAUGGGUGAUUUUACACGAUGGACCGAUAUUUUAACUUCCAGAAUUGGUUGAGCUCUCGUACCAAAUACAUGCAGUCAGGGUCAUUCCUUUUUUUUUUCUUCCUUUUAUUGUUGUUUAUUUUUAUUUUAUGUAUUCAGUCCUUUUGAAAGGUCACAUUUUAAGAGUAUAAUAAAUGGAACAAUCAGGUGUUUCACCUCUGGAUCAGUCACGUACUGUAGUUCCUAAACACCAAACGUUUUCACUGCUCUUCGGUGCAUUUUUAUAUGUUAAACUAUGCUGUAAGCUGGGUACAUACAGAUAAAUGUACUAAUUUAAGGUGGAUGUGGAUUAUUUUCCUCUAAGUUUACAUUUUUAUGAAAUAAACGGCUUGUAUAGUAAAUGAGAGCUGAUAUAAACCUUUAUUAUGUUAGAAACUAAAGCUUAUGACUCUCUGCUUAUGUUUUAAGAUCUUCAACUGUUUAAGAUAAUGCAGCAGUCUUUUUUUUAUUAUUAUUAUUAUUCUGUUUUAUCCAUUAAACAUAUGGAAUGACCGUGCAUUGUAUACGAGAGCUCCCAAACUUCCUGACAGAGCACUACCUGAAAUGUUGAAAGUCUUAUUUGAUCAAACCGUUUGAUUGGCUGCAGCAGCUCCUUGUUUUAAAGUGGAGCUCACAGCCAGCAUUGAUUGAAUUCAAUUCAACGUUUUAAUUGUUUCUACCGUUGUUGUAAUUCCUUGACAGACCAAACGCGUACGGUCACUGACUUUUGUCACUGGCUGUUUAUCCGUGUACACAGAGUAGAGACUUGACAUGUUUUUAUGAACCUUAUGAGCAGGUUCUUAUGUACAAGAAUCCAAGUACCAUUGUCUAUUUUUAUAGGCAUUCAUGGGAUUAUUUCAUAUUUUUUUAAUGGCAUCUCAGAUGAUCUGUGCCAGAGUGGAUCAUAAUAAAGACAGGAUUUCUUUAAUCUGAACAUCCUGCUCUUGAGAUCUGAAGUGAGGGCGAAAAAUGAUGUUGAAUACUUGUACUGGUUGUGCAUUAAAAGCCAAAUCUUGUAUUCAAGACCUCUAAAAGCCAUGUUGCUGACAGCGUGGUGGAGUCUAAUGUUGAAACAUUAAAAUCUUUGAUUAUAUCAGCACAGCAUGUGAUCUCUCUCACACACACACACACACACACACACACAGGAGUGGGAAGAUAAUGUUGGAACAUCAUUUCUCAUAACUUGCAUGGGAGACGGUUGCUGCAGAUUGUGACUCUAAUCCUGAGUCCAAUGCAAAUCCAUGUAUCCUUUUAAUUGAAGGAACAGGAACACACUACUUUAUCGGUCCAGGAGUUAUGCACACACGCCGUGGCUCCAGUGACUGAAUAGUUGCAGCUGCAGAUUUACAGUGAUGUUCCCAUGUGACUGAUGAACUUGCAGGUACUUCGUUCCCACACGAAACCGCGCUGGCUUGCGUUCGAAUAUGAUUUAUUGGAGACAUUGCUUGUGUUAAGAAAGGAUAGAUAAUGAUUUCAAUGAGACUCACUUUCACCACAUGAACAUGUGCAAUACUUAAUUUUUGAUGUCAGUGGUGAUAGCACUGUCUGAUAGUAUUUGAAGAAACAGUGCAUGAUGAGUGUGUGUGUGUUUUAUGCUCUUAAAUGUUCCUCCUGAUCAUAAUUUCAUGACUGGAAGACACACUUGAACCUUUGAAUCAGGUAUUUGAUACCGACAACUUUUUUUCUCAUUGAUUUUGAGACACACGUGUAUGAUUAUUAUUAUUUAAGCACAAAUGACAAAAGAUUUUGAUGUAAAUAGUUUGAUUAUUUAAAAAAAUAUAUAUUGUUUAAUGUGGAACCAUUACUACUGAAACUGCUCUGUUUAUGCAGUAAGAUUUCAUUAUGUAUAUCAAUUUAUCUGUUAUACUCUCAAUAUGCUUGUGGAUAGAAGUGAAUAGUCAUUAAAACAUAGCACUGCAA